AUGUUCGCGGGCGCGGAGACGUGCAGGCCGAUUGGUAGGCGAUGGAUUCCGAUUCCGCAGGGACUGGAGAGGCCGGGAUCGACGACGCCCCUGGAGAGCGAGAAGUCAGCAGGGCGAGAGGCGCCAAAGGGGCAAGGGAAGGCUGACGGAGUGAUGUCCGGCGUGGGCGUGGUGGGGCGGUAUGUGGCGCGCAGUUGGAGCAGCGGGUCGGGGGCCUCGCGGGGCGCGGAGCAGCGCCACAACCAGCCACCACCACACCGCAACUCCCACCACUGGAAAAUUCCUGCCUUCUUCAGGAGGAAGUUUGAGAUCGCUCAGCGCGGUGGUGGGCGGGUGGGGAGCACCGACCCGGGGAGGAGUGACAGGGGCGUGUCCGUGACCGAGGGCGCCUUUAAGGACCCCACCUACAAAGACCCCCUCAAGGACCCGCUUCGCGACCCCUCCAGCAGCGAUCCCUACGGGGCUUCCGCCUCUCCCUACUCGGAGCCGGAGAUCCACGACGCGGGGUACCACAGGGAGCCUCGUUACCUGGACCUGUUCGACCCGGGGGUGUCGGUGGUGCGGGACCCUAAGCUCGACCAGCCCAACGCCAGGAGGAAGGGGCGCGCCAGGACGCUGAUGGAGCGCAUGCUCUCCUCCUUGGCCUCCACCAGGGUCAUUAUAGGCUGUACCAUCGUGCUGAUUGUGCUGGUGGUGACGAUAGUGAUUGUGGCGUCGACGUCGCGGGGCGCGUUCUUCGGACCGGACCCCCGAGUCCAUCACCCGCACGUCACGACCGUCACGGCGUGCGGUCUCGCCCAAGGAGUGAUUGAGAACAACGCCUAUGUGUUCCGCGGACUUCCCUACGCCAUCCCUCCGGUGGGCCGGUACAGGUUCCGCCAGUCGCAGCUGCAGACGUCGCUGGAGGACUGCUGGACGGGGACCUACCUAGCCAACGUGACACGACCCUGCUGGGGCUACGACACUCAGGGUGCAGUAGUAGAGGGAUCUGAGGAUUGCUUGCUGCUGGAUGUGUUCACGCCCCAACUAGGAUACGACUCGCCCCUUCCUGUCGUGGUUUACGUUGGCGGGAUAAGCCUCGGAGGAGACACCCGGCGCCCCUGGCUGCUCAGUGGAGCCACCACGGUCGUGAAGGAGCGGCGGAUCGUCCUCGUUGCCCCGCAGGUCCGUCGAGGAAUGCUGGGCUUCCUCCCGCACCCCCGGCUCGCGGCAUCGACCUACCCCCACACCUCCGGCAACCAAGGCGUCUCGGACCUCCUGACGGCCCUCAAGUGGGUUCAGCGUAACGUGGAGCACUUCGGCGGGGACCCUGGCCGCAUCACGCUCCUGGGCCACCAGGCGGGGGCGGCGAUGGCCUGGCCUCUCCUUUCCUCGUCUCAGGGCCAUCGCCUGAUCCACUCCGCCUGGAUCACCGGCACGGCGCCGCUCCACCCGGAAUACUCGUGGCGGGAGGCAGACCCCGAGCUGGUGGAAGUCCGCUCAACUGCUCCA